AUGGGCGUCACUGGAGUGCUAUUGCUACUUAGUGGAUUAGGAUAUGCCAUCAUUGGUAUCAAGAACAAGUGGGUAUACGUGUUCGGGUCUGCUGCCUACCUGACCGCUCUCGCCGUCACUGUCUUGAUAGUAUACUUGAUGAACCCUCCCGUCUCAGAUGCCAUCCAGGGAGCCUUCUUCGUGGCGGCCUUCUUCACUGGAGUGAUCUUCGGUGUCCUGUCGUUGGUCUUUGCAGACAUAGCCGAAGGUUUUGGCUGCCUACUCGGUGGCUUCUGUCUAAGCAUGUGGUUCCUCAGCGUCAAGGACGGUGGCCUGAUCACUUCGGGAACUGGUCGUGCCAUCUUCAUUGGUUGCAUGUCAGCUGGAGGCUACUCGCUAGCUUUCAGUCACUACACACGUAACUACGGUCUUAUCGCCUCAAUCGCCUUCUCAGGAGCCACCGCUGCCAUCCUUGGUAUUGACUGUCUGGCUGGUUCCGGCUGGAAGGAGUUCUGGCUUUACCUCUGGAACCUCAACGAUGACAUCUUCCCUCUUAACACCAAUACUUACCCGGUUACCAAGAACAUCAAAGCCGAGCUGGCUGGUGUUGUCAUUAUCACAGUAGUCAGUAUUGUCUCCCAGCUGCGCGUUUGGAAGCUAGUCAAAGAGCACCGCGCAAAGACUGCCGCUCAACAACUCGAAAGACAGGCGGAUCAAGACCGUGAAGAGGAGGAACAAGGUCGCAAGGUUGAGGAGGUCUUCCAGAAAGAGCGUGCUCAAUGGGAAGCUGCAUAUGGCAACGGACAGAACGUACCCGAGGACAGUGUCCGAUCUUCCACUUCAGAUCCCAAAGACCUUACUCAUGUCCAUGAGAAGGAGGUCUCUCCCAACGACAGCGCGGUCACAGUUAAUAUGUCAACUGGAAUGAUGCGAUCUGCCAGCCACACCGCCAAGCCCGAUGCGACUGUCACUGUCGCUGUUCUCGAUGAUGAUGCGAUUCAACAGAUUGAAUCCGAGGCCCAUACCGCUGAGAACGAAAAGGCUCUUCCAGAGGCUCCCAAGGAUGACUCGAGGCCUACUCUAGCCAAAAGCCACAGCCUACGCCCUACAGCCCCGCCACCACCUCCAGCAGUCGUCCCACUUCCGUUCAAAGUCCCUACCGAAGAUGAGGCGCACACUGACGACGACAAUACCUCCGUCUCUGCUGUUCCUGAGACUGAUCACGAUGCCGAGGUGCCCAGGCGCGUCUCGAAGCGCGUUUCUGAUGUCUCCGCAAUGAGGCAACGUAUCUCGAGGGACAUGGUAGCAUCGCAAGAGGCUUUGAUCGGAAUGCGAGGUGACGAAGACGACCGGGCUUCGUCUAUUGCCGCCACACUGGACGACGACCUCGAUGUGCUAUCGGUCCGUAACCUGUCCCCAGUCGAAUCACCAAUCGGAACCGAGCACGACAACCCAUUUGAAAAGCCUGGACUCAAGAGACAGGACUCCGACACUGUGCCUAACCGCAAGAGCGUAGUCAACACAGCUGACGUAGUAAAAUCUCUCACGACUAGUACCGACCCAAAGACAGCAGACUCGCCCGAGGAACAGACAUUCAAGCACAGGGCUGACACGGUCAUGUCUAGCUCCAAGGCGAGCAGCGAGAAAUACUCCAAGUCUACCAAGUCUGAUGAAAUCUCUCAAGGCUCACAAAUGGAACAAGGCGGAUCACAGGUUGGCAGUCUGGCCGAGAACGUGAUGCCGGAGAAGCUGUCGAAAAUCGCCCUAUCUUACCGCACGAACGAAUGGGCGAAGCAUCUCGAGGCUGCCGAAAAGCCAGACUACGAAGACAUGUUCCUGCCCUCGUCACCCGGUAUCAUGCUCGCCGACGGAUCAGAAGAGAAGCCCACACCAGUUAGUGACGAGCUCCUCUACGAGAGCAAGCGCGAAUCAAGAAGGAUGUCCACUGGAAGCCGAACACAACGGAACAGCAGCCAAGGACUCCGACGCAACACCUCGACCUUCUCUCAGGAAUCACUCAUCAACCAGCGAUCCCUAACCCACUCCCCCUCCAUCGCCUCUCCCCAGGUCCUCUCCCGCUCCAACUCCGCCAUCAGACUCGACACCCUCUCGCCCCUCCCCAGCAACACCCUCCUCAGCAAGCGCGAAAGCCUGAUCAAAAACCGCGCCUCAGCCCUAACCCUCACCCCCCAAAUGUCGUCACCCAACCUCUCCCAACGCGGCGCCGACGACGAAGACAUGACGCUAUCCCAACGGCGCGCACUCCUCCAAGCCCAACAACUCUCCCCCUCCCUCUCGCACCAACCCUCGCUCCGCUCCCCGGGCCGCACACCCCCCUCGUCCUCGCAAAAAUGGCAAAACAAAGCCUGGGCCACCAAAGGCGCGCCCGCCGGCUUCGACAGCCACCAACCCAAGCGCUCCUCGAGCGCGCAGUCGGAGCAGAAGCGCGAGCAACUCUACGCGGGUUGGCGCGACACGAUGCGCGAUAUUGCGCCGCCGGCGCAGACGGCUGCUCACGUUGCGGAACAGCAGCGCGCGGCGCUGUUGAUGGAGCGCCGGCAGAAGGAGAUGGAGAGGCAGCAGCGCGAGGUUAUGCAGCAGCAGCGGGCGAGUCAGAUGGAUAGUAUGAUGCGGAGUGGACAAAUGAUGGAUGCGCAUCGUGAGGCGAUGAGGAAGAUGCAGGCGAAUGCUAAUCGACACACUUAG